AAUAAAUAGAGUAAUUCAAUAAAGAAACAACACUAGAGUGAACAUUCAGAAAAUGCAAAACCCUCAUUUCUUUUAAACCACUCUUUCAAUUUUAUUACAAUUCACACACAAUUUCUUCUUCUCUUCACUGAAACACUCGCUCAUUUCUAAAAUCUCAGUUUUAGGGUUCGAUCUACAAUGGCGGCUCCACCACACCGUUCAUCCAAAACCGAAUCCUACACUGACAACAAACGCAAAGAUGACGUCCGUCAAUCCAACAUCAUCGCCGCCCGUUCCGUCGCCAACGCCGUCCGCACCAGUCUCGGUCCCAAAGGUAUGGACAAAAUGAUCUCCACUUCUUCCAAUGAGGUCAUCAUCACCAACGACGGCGCCACCAUUCUCCACAAGAUGCAGGUCCUCCAACCCGCCGCUAAGAUGCUCGUUGAACUCUCCAAAUCUCAAGACUCCGCUGCUGGUGACGGUACCACCACCGUCGUCGUUAUCGCCGGCGCACUUCUGGAAAAAUGUCUUCUCCUCCUCUCUCACGGUAUCCACCCUACCGUGAUCUCCGAUUCGCUUCACAAAGCCUCCCUCAAGGCUGUUGAUAUCCUCACUGCCAUGGCUGUCCCGGUCGAACUCUCCGACCGUGAGUCUCUCGUCAAAUCGGCAAGCACUUCGCUUAACAGCAAGGUUGUUAGUCAGUACUCUUCACUCCUCGCUCCAAUCGCCGUCGAUUCGGUUCUCUCCGUUGUGGAUUCCGACAAACCUAACAUGGUUGAUCUCCGUGAUGUUAAGAUCGUGAAGAAGCUUGGUGGGACUGUUGAUGAUACUGAGCUUGUGAAGGGUUUGGUGUUUGAUAAGAAAGUUAGCCAUGCUGCUGGUGGACCUACGCGAAUGGAGAAUGCGAAGAUUGCCGUGAUUCAGUUUCAGAUUUCGCCUCCCAAGACUGAUAUUGAACAGAGUAUUGUGGUGAGUGAUUAUUCUCAGAUGGAUAGAAUUUUGAAGGAAGAGAGGAGUUAUAUUUUGGGAAUGAUUAAGAAGAUUAAAGCGACGGGUUGUAAUGUGUUGUUGAUUCAGAAGAGUAUUUUGAGAGAUGCUGUUACUGAUUUGUCUCUGCAUUACCUUGCUAAAGCUAAGAUUUUGGUGAUUAAGGACGUUGAGCGUGACGAGAUUGAGUUCAUUACCAAGACUCUUAAUUGUUUGCCUAUUGCUAAUAUUGAGCAUUUUCGUGUUGAGAAGUUGGGUUAUGCUGAUCUUGUGGAGGAGCUUUCUCUUGGUGAUGGGAAGAUUGUGAAGAUUUCGGGGAUUAAGGAUAUGGGAAAGACCACGACCGUGCUUGUUCGUGGAUCCAAUGCGCUUGUGCUGGAUGAGGCUGACAGGAGUCUGCAUGAUGCUCUGUGUGUUGUUAGAUGUUUGGUUGCGAAGAGGUUUUUGAUAGCUGGUGGUGGUGCGCCGGAGAUAGAGUUGUCUAGGCAAUUGGGUGCUUGGGCGAAGGUGUUGCAUGGAAUGGAGGGUUACUGCAUUCGAGCGUUUGCUGAGGCGCUUGAAGUCAUUCCUUAUACUUUGGCUGAGAAUGCUGGUUUGAAUCCGAUUGCGAUUGUUACUGAGCUGAGGAAUCGUCAUGCGCAGGGUGAGAUAAACGCUGGAAUCAAUGUGAGGAAAGGUCAAAUUACAAACAUCCUGGAAGAGAAUGUGGUGCAGCCUCUGCUUGUAAGCACAAGCGCUAUAACCUUGGCAACAGAGUGUGUGCGGAUGAUUUUGAAGAUUGAUGAUAUUGUCACUGUGAGGUAGAGUUUAAUGGAAAGUGGCAUGGAUUUGGAGAAAAGCUGAAUCGUCAUCUUAUGUCUUUCAUACGGUAAUUUUUAGUUGUUAGUUUAUGUUCUUUGUAGUGAAUUUGGUUAAUCGAUUUUGACUCUGGCUGCCGUGUUUAUUUCUAAAUUUGUAUGCUCUUGUGGAUUGUGAUACUGACUGCAGUCAUCAGAAGCACUUCUUUAUGUGUAUUGUGAGCUUAUCACUAGUUGAUUAUUUGAUUUUGUUUAUGUAUUAACCUUGUAUUCUGGGGUUGAA